AUGCUGCCCUUCGGCCUCGUGGCCGCCCUGCUGCUGGCCGCAGGGCCUCGGCCAAGCCUGGGCGACGAAGCCAUCCACUGCCCCCCUUGCUCCGAGGAGAAGCUGGCGCGCUGCCGCCCCCCCGUGGGUUGCGAGGAGCUGGUGCGGGAGCCUGGCUGCGGUUGUUGUGCCACUUGUGCCCUGGGUUUGGGGAUGCCCUGCGGGGUGUACACCCCACGCUGUGGCUCAGGCAUGCGCUGCUACCCGCCCCGGGGGGUGGAGAAGCCCCUGCGCACAUUGAUGCACGGGCAAGGCGUGUGCACGGAGCUGUCGGAGAUCGAAGCCAUUCAGGAAAGCCUGCAGACCUCUGACAAGGAUGAGAGCGAGCAUCCCAACAACAGCUUCAACCCGUGCAACGCCCACGAUCACAGGUGCAUACAGAGGUAUAUGGCCAAAAUGAGAGAUCGGAGCAAGAUGAAGGUCGUGGGGACACCUCGGGAGGAACCCCGUCCUGUGCCCCAGGGUUCCUGCCAGAGCGAGUUGCACCGGGCCCUGGAGCGUCUGGCCGCCUCGCAGAGCCGUACUCAUGAAGACCUCUUCAUCAUCCCCAUCCCGAACUGUGACCGCAAUGGCAACUUCCACCCCAAACAGUGUCACCCCGCCCUGGAUGGACAGCGCGGCAAGUGCUGGUGUGUGGAUCGGAAGACAGGGGUGAAGCUUCCAGGGGGCUUGGAACCCAAGGGGGAGCUGGACUGCCACCAACUGGCUGACAACUUCCAAGAGUGAGACCUGUCAGCAAGUGGGGGACUUAGUGCCCCCUACUAGGCCCCUAUGCUCUGGGGGUUGUAGAGUUAACCUGGCAUGGAGUCUUGGUCUGAGUCCUGGCUCUUUGCCUCUGGCCCUGCCCAAAGUUUCCCUUGAUGUGUGUGUGUGUGUGUGUGUGUGUGUGUGUGUGU